UUUUUUGUCAGAGAUGGCUACCGUCAAGGCUGCCGAGAAUUUCGACGCUGACAGUGACUGUCAGAUUCUGAGGAAAGCUAUGAAGGGCCUCGGGACCGACGAGAAGGCAAUAGUUGAUAUACUGGCGUGUAGGUCCAAUGCACAACGCCAGGAGCUCAAGGUGAAAUUCAAGGCAUCAUUCGGCAGGGACUUGGUUAAGGAUCUGAAGAGUGAGUUGGGCGGGAACUUUGAGGAUGCUAUCCUGGCCAUGAUGGACCUGCCUGCGGUCUUUGACGCAAGAUGCCUCAAGAAAGCCAUGAAGGGAAUUGGAACUGAUGAGUCUGUGCUGAUUGAGAUCUUGUGCACGAGAAGCAAGGCGCAAAUCGCUGCUAUCAAAGCUGCCUACAAAACAACAUUUGGCAAGGACUUGGAGAGUGCGAUUGAAAGCGAGACUAGUGGCGACUUCAAACGAGUUUUGAUUGGCCUCUGUGCUGGUGGGAGAGAUGAAGGCACCGGAGUCGACGAGGAGAAAGUGCCAGAAGAUGCCGCUGCACUACAAGAGGCUGCUAAGGGUCUAGGAACAGACGAAUCGGAGUUCCAGCGCAUCUUGGUCACGAGAAGCCCCCUCCACCUCCGAGCCGUCUUCAAAGCUUUCGAAGCGAUGACUGGAAAAAGCAUUGAUGACACCAUUAGAAGCGAAAUGGGAGGGAAUCUUCGGAAGACCUAUUUGACGAUUGUGGGUUUCUUCCAACACCCGAUGGAGUUCUUUGCCGAUCAGCUGAACAAGUCCAUGAAGGGUCUGGGAACAGACGAGGAACACCUCAUCCGGAUUAUUGUAUCCCGCUCAGAGAUUGAUCUGGGCGGUGUCAAGGCAGCCUACGCCGUCAAGUACGGCAAAACGCUUGAAGCGGCCAUCGCUAGCGAGUGUGGGGGAGAUUUCAAGAAUGUCCUGGUCACCCUGACGUCAUAAAGACUACCGAACCAACUCCAUGUUGCCUCAUAAUCGUUGCUGACUGAUUUCCUUCUAUUGUGUAGUUUAAAACAAAAGUAGAUCUCAAACGCGAGAGAUGUGAAUUAGAACAGCAAGGCAUACAGUGAGCCUUUUAAAUGCAGUCAGAAUGCGUGAACUUCCUAAGAGGUUCAGUGUGUAG